CAGAGUGUUAGUAUAUGGUCACUUUGCCGUGUGGCGACUGAAAUGUACAGUUUCUUGUUACCUGUCUGCAUGCUCCCAUGACAGUUUUGACAGGAUACAGGAACUUGCAGAACCCAAGAAAGCAGCUCGUGCAAAUGACCUCAGGCUUGUUUGGGGAAACCAAGAGACAAUAUGGACCAUCUCACGGCGUGCUAUGACAGCUAGACCAUCCGCAAGGAUACUGGAAUUGGCCAAGCCCAAGCAAGAUUUUGGCAAGAACCUGUACAGGCCCCUUUACUUGUACAGCUGUGGACGGGAAUCAAUGAUCUGGGAGCGUCCCUCUCUAGUGGAUUUUCGCUUGCCUUCUGAUCGGCUGCUGAAGUUGGCUGAACCUAAACAAUGCCAGGCUGCUUACCUGCUGCAAAGACCUCGCAGCUCCCCUGAAUGGCCUGUGUCACCAGCAGCACUGAGCUGUAAGGCCUCCCCACGGAUUGUGGAGCUCGCCCGGCCAAAGGUGCUGCACCCAGAGUUCCUGCCGGCCAAAAAGGUGCCAACACAGGUUACAAGUGCUGCGGCCUUGGCCAGAGCAUCCUCAUGGAUACAGCAGCUGGCAGAGCCCCGGGUCAAGAAGGUGACCUGCUGCUAUGAGUAUGGCCCUUUUGAAUCUGCCAUUCGCCCGGUUUCCAAGUUUGCUCAGGAGGCAAUUGCGAGCCCUCGCACCCUAGAGCUGGCUAUGGCAAAAAGAUUGCAUCCUGAUUAUAUGCCUGUGCGGGAUGCUGCAUGGUCAGUGACAAAGGCUGCAAAGCAGGCAGUGGCCACACCAAGGCUUGUGGAACUGGCCCAGCCUUGUAAAAGGCUUCCUAUGAACUUGACUCAAUUCAACCCAAACGCCUUCACCGUGAAGGAGUCUGCUAAGAAGGCAGUUUGUUCUGCUCGGAUCAAAGAACUGGCUUGUCCGAUAAAGCGCUGAGCUCCCUCAGAAGCACAGCCCUCUGCUUGUGCCGGCUGUCCCCCUUGGAACGUCACCCUCUUCGGGCUGUGCUGUGGCUGGAAAACCUACUUGAACACAGCAGCACCGAGCAGGAACACUUCUUACAAGCUGCCACUUUUACUGGGCCAAUCUGGGGAGUUAAAUAAAACAGUCAUUCCAUAAGCACAAAAUAGUCACCAGGGGAAAAGAGCGGAAUUUGACCUAAUGUGGGAAGCCUUUCUCCCUAGGAUUGGUUAUGUCUGGAUUUUAUAUCUCUUCUUAUUUUUCAGCUGUAAUAGUUAAAGAAGUAAUGAAACAACUGCUGGGGGAAGCCAGCACAGGAACUGUUCUUUCACAUAAGUAAGUGUGGCAAACCACAGCCAAUGGCACACAGCACGUUGAUGCAAUGCAACUCCUGACCUUGGGCUUUUAAAAUUUAUGGUGAAGUUUAGAGAUCUUCUUAGUGACACUGAAAGUUUUGUGCUUGUGACAGAAAUAGAAACACGAAAAGCUGCAAAAUUCCAUAUCCAGGCCUGGAUUUGAUAAGGCUUUAGUACAGACUUUGGAAUGUUGGGGUGGCAUGUACCUUGGGUUGGCUUGAGUUUGGGGCCCCUUUUCUCAAAUGCCUGGAGAAUGGGCAGAUCCAGCCUUUUGCUUUGCAUGCAUCUUUGGUACAAGUUACACAGGUGGGUUAAACCUCUGCAGUUCAGAUACUCAGUUGUGUAACCCUAGGCAAAAUAAUGGAGUUCUGGGUUGGGAUUUUGGGACCCUAAUUUAAAAAAGCAAAGUUCCCCUCAGUGUAAAGGGCUUAUUCGUGUAAGGAGAAGUAAAGGACUUCUUCUUAGACAUUGUAAAGUCUAAGAAGAAAACAGAUAUGAGUGCCAGACUCUGCAGAACAAACUCUGAGCUCCAGUUGGGUCUGAGGGUGAGACAGUUUGGCAGCUGGAUUGUAGGGGAACAAUAGCCUAUGUGGGAUAUGGUGCAGGGAGAUUACUUUUAUCUGUUUCCUAUGAGUUUGGUGUGCUUCGUAUUGGCAGCCCAAACACUAUCUAGGGGCUGCAGAUACUGAGGCACGAGAGGUGCUCUCCAGCAAGGGACAAAAGUCAUAAAAGAAAGCAUGUGGCAGUUUCAGUGCCAGUGUAUCUUGAUCUUCCCUGUGUUAAGCCGAUUCUCCUUCCAAAGGAACAGAGGCAGGUCACCACAGACCACAAGAGAAUUAAUCAGAGGAUCCACUAAUUGAUUCAGUAAUCCACUAAGCAGAGGAUUUUUGAACCCUUUUGAACAAGGUAAGGUCACUGAGCAACUGUGCUGGUUAUUUUUUAUCGCAUGCGUUGUCCUGUACCAGGUCAAUGUACCAGAGUCUGGGUUCUGUGCAGAAGCCCGAGUGCAACUGCAUCCAUUAAGCUUAAGAAUGGCCAGAAGGAGGGUGAAGUCUGACCACCCCCCCCCGGGGGAGAACCCCAGCACACCAGCCUCUGCCACCUCGGGGCUGGGGCUGUAUGGGCUGCCGUGGAUGGACCCAUGGAGGUUGCCCAUGUCUGCACGCUAUCUCUGUGGCAAGAGGGAAACCCCACGGUGCCCACUGAGGCUGCCUUUGGAGAAGUGUUGCUCUCCCAGAGGAAGAAGUCUGUCUCCUGCUAUUGGGGCAGGGAGCACAAGCAGGGACAUAACACAGCUCCUCUCAUCAAAAAACUUUGGUUUUUUAUUAAUGCAUUGGAAAAAAAAACCAAACCAAAACCCCAAACCCCAGUUCUUUCCCUUUCAUAAUCUUUAACAGCAAUGUGAGAAAUACAUUCAAGGGAGGCUUGGCUUGGUCUCAUUACAGUGUAGGCACUUGGUUUGCUGAUAUCCAGAGCAGACUCGGGCAUCUUGAGCUAACCAAGAUCACCUGAACAACACAUCUCAUUUUCCAGAUGCCCCCCUCUCUGGAUGGUGUGUAUAUAAAGCUAGAAUGUAUACUUUGCCUUUGGGGAACAUAAGCAAAAGAAAUCUUUCCCUCCCCUGCUAUGUUUGAACCUUUCAUGGCAGCUUUUCUGUAAGCCUGAGACAAGGGCAUGAGAUUGCCUUGCUCUGUGCUGUGUUAUUAGUGGAUGGGAGUCACUGGUUGGGUUAUGCAGCCAUCGGAAGCUGUAUACACAUAUAUAUAUAAUAUUUUUUUCCUGGUUAUGUACACUUUAAAUAAAACUUAUGUUAAAUAGCGGGGUAUUACUUUGUAUCUCAAAACCUAUUGCAACAGAAGAACCCCAAGGAAACCCACUGUGAAGAGCUUCACCAUCAUUAUCAGCAGGCCUGGGGAUUGGAGCAGCAUCCUCUAGUCCCUGACAGACCCGCUUUGUGAGGGCAGUCCUUCAGACUUCCUCCACUCUGCCAGGCGCUGCUUGAACCAUUUCUGGAGGAAAGAAAAGAAAAGAGAAAGAGAUCGAGUGCACUGGGCUGAGUGAACCUCUGAAUAACCUUGCUAAAGGUGCAGAUGUGGUCAGCACAUGGGACCAGGUGAGGGAAACUCAUGGUGCUGCUAUCUGUAGCAAGGCGCUGCACUGUUCCCAGGCAGUACAGCCAGCAGGAGAGCUGCUUCUGACUGAACGAACAGUCUUGUUACUGAUGUGUGCACCUCUUUCAAACUCAUUUCUCUUGCUUGCUUCAGACUUCGACAGCAUGGGUAAGUUCUCGUUUUAUUGCUGUGGGUCCAAGUUUUUCUUGCAAAUGGAGAAAUUGGCUAAGGAGCUGCUGGAUGAUGUCUGCUUAAAUGGCUGGAGCAGUGAAACAAUCACUGCAGGUCCAAACCUGACAGGAAUCACAAGCUGACCUGCUUCAAAAAGGGUGAGAGGGACAAAGCAGUGGCUCUCAGCAAAUUUAAGAUCAAAUAGAUUUUAAAAAUGAACAAUGAUCUUAGUCUUCAAGCAAUAUGCAUGGCUAUGUUAUUCUGCAGUAACUUAGCAUCUCUAAGCCAACUCCCAGAGCUGCUGAUGCCACUUGAACACAGCUGCAAUUUCAAAUGUUAGCUAAAAUGCAGCUGGAUAAAGCCACACUACCUGCGUAAGAAGAGAGAGAUAACUCAUGUCCCGGAAGCACAGCUCAGCCUUUUGUUUGGGAAUGUGCCUGUGAUUUGCUUUGUUGCUGUUCAUUCUGUUGCUAUAUUUGUUCAUGGCUAUUUCUGAAGCUAUUGUGGUUCAUAAUGACACAACCACGGUGUUCUCUACAAAGUGGCUCUCGCACCAGCACUGCCUUGGACCGCAUCCAGUCAGAUGAUUGCUUGCCUCGCCUCCUCCCAAAAAUUUCACUUCCUGCCCUCAACCAUCGUCUCCUGUUGACUCACCACCUCUUUACAUCUCAUUUUUGCUGAUUUUUUUAUUAAAAUGGCUGCUAUAUCUAGCCAAUAAAGCACUCCAGAUGUCAA